GUACUUUUGCAGAGACUAGUCAUCCCUACUGCAUUGUGCGGGUGUCAGGGAGCAAUGAGACCUUCAAGACACGGGUACUGACUGACACACUGGCUCCAGUGUGGGAGUCACAGUUCUCCAUGUGGAUCCCAGCACGGCAGGACGCCAAGAUUGCAGUGGAAGUGUGGCAUGACCCGCAGGAAGGAGAGGUGGAGCACUUCAGUGUGAGGGACAUCAGGGAGCUGAGUUGCCUGGUCCGUGGUGCAACUUCCAAAGAGAUGAGGAACUUGCUGGGAUCUGUAAUUUUGCCCCUCGCUGAUAUGAAGGAGCAGAGCACUGAGGGCUGGUAUCAUCUUAGCAAGAGUCGAGAAGAGGAUUGCAAUCAAAUGUCAUCCAGGAAAAGCUUCAAGGCAAACAAGAAGAGAGGGAGUGUGCGCUUAACCCUAAGAGUGGCAAGUGUAGCACAGUUGAAUUUGAUUGGUUCCCAUUGGUUUGAAAACUUCCUGAGCUGAGUGAUCCAGCACUGCCUUGGCUAUCUCAGCACCUUCAGCAACUUUCGGCGAGGAAGAACCAGGACUGAGCGGACCUUUUGCAGCCUCAGAAGUACUAGUAAAAGUACAAAAAACAAUAGUAAUGUUCUUAAAAGCAACAGGAGCUGCAUUGUCAGCAACAACUCUGUCAGUGAUGGGAGUAAUAUUAACAGUGAGGGAAUGGUGAGCUUCUCUCCUCCUUGGAAAGGCACCCUGAGUAGCACUAAGGUCUGUCUUCUGGAGCACUAUGCCAUUACACUCAACCUGACUCUUCCCAUCAUUGCCUUCUCCUGGUGGAAGGUGUGCUCUAGAUUGGUUGCUGUUGAGCAAGCCUUCCUUGGCUCCCUCUUGAAGACCUUGCAAGGUUACCUCAGUGAAGGACGGUACUCACAGGCUGAAACUGAGGUUCAUUAGUACAUGCAUUUCAAAUGUGUAGAUUAGCAUCAUUUUUUAUUUUGCAAGUACAAUAAAAUAAUUUGGUGUAGAAAUUCAUCAGUGGCAGUAUUUACAGAGAGGGAAAUCUUAGUGGGAAUGUUUGCUUGUGACGGUGAUUUAUUAUUCUUGUGGCAUCUCAUAUACAUUCAAGAUGUCUGUCUUGCAUUGAGAAGGUGAUGUUGAAUGCUUAUAAUCGUGACCUGAGCUUUGUUUAUACUCAUGACUAUAAUGUUUUCAGUGUUUGCUUUGAUUCAUAGUACAGUACAAUACUCAAGCUCAGUAAAAUUAUGCAUCCAUUUCUCACUGAGAAUAUUAAUUUUGUUAGGGAGCUGGGUAAAGCACCUUAUGAGGAGAAACCUUAAUUUUAUUGUUGAUUUUGCUGAGGUAAAGUUUCUUCACUUUGAAUAAUGGAUGAGAUCACAAGGCACUGAUAUUUAUAUAUUACACUUGUAGGUGGGGUUGACAGUUUAAAGAAGGGGGAUAUUUACCUUACUUAACCUAAUGAAUAACACCUGCCAAAACAAUAAUUACUCCCAUUGAGGUCUAAAGCACUGUUCAGGGGGUGCUGUGAACUUAUCAUUAAACCCAGCUGUGACCUCACUGAAUGUUUCCCUUUGUGUCUCACAACACAAGGGGGCAGUCACAGCCUGCCCUCUAAAGACAACUCUCUUCCUCCACACAAAACUACAAGCACCUAAUAACACACACACCCUUCACUCAAAAAUUUUAAAAUCAUCAUGGCGACUCCUACAUCAGCCUCGGAGUCUCCAUCUGGGGAGGGGACCAUAAAUGUCCCCAGGUCGGACUGCCUUUCUGUCGACGACCCUAAGUGUCUUGACACCCCCCUCAACUUUUUCUUCAUUAACUUCUGCAACAUUCGCAGUCUAAGAUCUAAUUUUCAAUCUGUAGAACACCACCUCUCCUCUUCUAAACCUCAUCUUCUUUUCCUCACUGAAACUCAGGUGUCUGAGGCAACUGACAGUAGCUCCUUUUCUG